GACGAUAUGUUAUGCAGACAGCACAUUGAAAAACGGGUUUGAAUUAAAUAUUAAAUGUCAGCGCUUAUAUCGUAUAAGUAGUAAAUAAGCAGAGCUUUGUGUUGAGCUAGUAUUUUAUGGAUAUGAUAUGUGUUUGAUUUCUGACAUUUGCAUUAAAUCUAUUGGAUGAAAAUAGGAAAACAAAACUGAUGAAAAAUGAUAAACAUUGUAUUGAAUUUUCAGAACAGGAAUCUGCCGAUAAUAAAACUAACUCUAAAAGGUGCGCAUAAUAAAAAGUUUGUCUUAAAAACGAUAUAUGUUAGUUUCGAGAGAGUAGGAAAGUGUUUUUACUUGUCUAUGACAAUUGAGCUGACAAAUGAAAAAAGAUACAAAAUGAGAUUUUCUUGGAUCAAUGAAAGAACAAGAAAUUGAUUUUCAUAACAAGAAAACGUUGAUUUUAUGAACAUAAAAAACAGUUUGUGAUUCUAGCAUUAUGAAACAAUCAGAGUAUAUUCUAUUAAUGCCAGACCCGUUAAAAUUAUCUAUAAAUAUUUCGGAAGAACAUAAUGGCAGUACGUUGACUCCAGGUGCAGGAAGUAAUGGUACAUUUGUAUCAGACGACAAACAGCAUUUUGUGCAUUACAUUCUUUAUGUGAUUGGCGUGCUGGUGACGUCGGCAACUGUAAUUGGUAAUGUGUUAGUAAUUGUCGCCGUGAUAAGUGAUAAGCGUCUGAGAAAAGUGGGAAAUGUCUUUAUCAUCAAUCUUGCAGUAAGCGACUGUCUUGUGGGCAUAUUUGUCAGCCCCUUGGCAAUAACAUAUGACAUUACUAGUGACUGGUUACUGGGAAACGUUAUGUGUGAUAUAUGGGUAUCAUUGGACAUUAUUAGCUGUACAGCGAGUAUUCUGAAUUUGUGUGCAAUAGCAUAUGACAGAUAUCGUGCUAUAACUGAACCGAUGACGUAUGCUCGACAAAGAACAUUCUCUCGUGCUUGGUGUGUUGUAGCGUUCGUUUGGAUUUAUUCCUUUCUUAUAGCACUUCCGAGAUUUCUUGGUUGGAGGGAUGAAGAUGAAGAGGCGCAAGAUGGAAACUGUUUUAUAAGCAGGGAAAUCGGUUAUACGUUGUAUUCAACAUUUGGUGCUUUUUUUCUCCCUCUCUUAUUCAUGAUCUUCUUCUAUUAUAGAAUUUUUUGCGCAACUUGCACGAGAAAAAAAAGCUGGAGUUUACAUAGAGGUCAUUUGAACUUUAUUACGAAUAAUGAUGAAAACGUAGAUAAGAGUAAUGUACUGUCAUGUUAUUUGUGCAGGCUUUUGCCAUGUUUUUCUAAAGGACAGGCAUUACCUCCUACUACAACUGAACAGGCAACUCAAACUUCUAAUAAUGAGUUAUGCAAUGUUAUAAACAUAACAGAAACAGAGUCAGAAGUGGACAAUCGAAGAGAAAGUAUUGAGCCUGAAAUUUUGGCUAUUUUCCAAAUGAGACACCGAUCAGAACGAAUAUUUUCAAACGCGACCGUGUCAAGCUUUGGGUCUACAUUUUAUUCCUCGACAGAUUCCUCAAACACGGCAACAACCUCAUUUUCCGAAGGAAGUGACAGAAGUAGCAGUAUAAGUGCUGAGUGUAGAGAUCGCAGCUCCAGCACCUGUACAACAGGGAGUAGAAGUUUUAGUUCCGGUCCAGAUACUGCAAGGAGACUAAGCGCAUUUCGCGCUCAUCGUUUAUCAAAUCCAAGACAUAGUGCUUUGCAGGCUGAAGUUAUACACGAGAUAGAAAAAACAAUGAUUGAGUCAAGUUAUCCUGAAAACGUUGAACUAAAGGCAACAGGAACUGCUUUAGAAACGGAUGAUACUCAUGAUGAGCUGAGCGAAGAGGAUAAAACAGGCGACCAACCAAAGCAUAAACGACGAAAGUCGCUUAAAUCGGCUACAUUUAGACGCAGAAACUCUAGAAAAAGCAGGAAAAUGGCAAUGAAUCAAGAGAAAAGAGCAGCAAAAACAUUAGGUGUGGUUAUUGGGUGCUUCAUAAUUUGUUGGUUGCCAUUUUUCAUCGUGACUUUACUAAGAUCUCUGUGUUUAAACUGUCACUUUUAUCCUCUCCUUGUUCAAUCAUUGUCUUGGCUAGGCUAUUUUAAUUCUGCUUGUAAUCCCUUUAUAUAUACAUUCUUUAAUAAGGAUUUUAGAAAUGCGUUCAAAAAGAUAUCCUGCUAUCGUUCAUCAAACGUUGUAUAUUUAUAAAACCAAGUAUUAUUUUUAUAAUGUUUUUUUUUAAUUUUUAACUCACUUUGUAUAAAAGGUCGUUUUAUUCAUGUAUCCGAUAAAGGUUAUGCAUAGGAUGAUAAUAUGAUUGUGUAUGCGCUGUUAUAUUUACCAAUAUUGGCUGGACCAAGAUGAGUAGCGUUUAUUUAUUUGGUAUAUGUACAGACUGCUGCUUUAUAAAUAUUGUUUCCUAUCUCUUGAUAAAAUACGCAUAUUGCCUUUAUCGGAAAAAAACAUGUGUACAAGCUAUAUAUAAAUGAAGUAUUAUUGUAAGUUAUUGAAUUUAUGAUAUAUAUUUUACUAUGUGCUAUUGUAUUUGUUUUUGAAAAUUAAAUUUAAUUGUUUAUUCUG